CAACAGACUCUACCGUGCUCCGUUUCUGCGUCGAAAGCAGUUUGCUCACCACUGUCUAAACGGCUUUCAUAGAACGAGCAGACGUGUUGCGAGCGCGGCAAAAGCAACAAGUAUUGUCAUGAACCUCCCGAGCGAAUACAGGAAGCUGGUUUGCGUUAGGGUAGCUCCCAACUUCCGAGAAGCGGUGUCUGUCGUCACGGAACGGACACCUAAACUGGAGCGCGACGAGGUUUUCCUGAAGACCAAGUACGCCGGUAUCAACGCUUCGGACGUGAACGUCACUUCGGCAAGGUACAGUGAAGCGACACCGCCGUUUAACGUCGGCAUCGAGUCCGUGGCCGAAGUGGUUGCCGUCGGCGAUGACGUCAAGCAUCUCCCCGUCGGCAGUGCGGUGGCUACAAUCAACGUGCCUGGUUUUGGCGCUUUCUCCGAGUAUCAACGUAUCCUGGCGUCGAAGGCGUUUCCGAUUCCGAAAGCAGUGCCUGAAGCUAUACCGCUGCUAAUAAGUGGACUGACGGCUGCAAUCGGCUUGGACGAGCAAGGUAGAAUAAAAGAGGGCGAAACCGUCUUAAUAACCGCAGCCGCCGGCGGGCUGGGCCACCUCGCCGUGCAGUGGGCCAAGGCUGCGAAAUGCCACGUCAUCGGCACAUGUUCCUCGCCGGAGAAGGAGGUGUACCUCAAGAGCAUCGGUUGCGACAAAGUCAUAAACUACAAGACACAUGACCUAGGCGCGGAACUAGAAAAGAGCUACCCAAACGGUGUGGACGUCGUCUGGGAGACCAUCGGUGGCAAGACGUUCGAAGUCCUCCUUAAUCAUCUGAACAUCAGGGGAAGACUUGUGGUAGUGGGCGCCAUUACAGGGUACCAGGGCACCAACAAGGCUCUUCCUGAUGUGAAACUCGAGGACUUGCCUUCUAAGCUGCUAAUGCGUUCUGCCAGUGUCAGCGGAUUUUUCCUCCCGCAAUACUAUCAUCUAUUUCCAGAAUAUGUGGCAAAGCUUCAGAAAAUGCUGCAGGAUGGCACGAUCUCUCCUAAGGUGGAUUUCGGGCUCAACGCAGUUGGAGGCGACCUGAAGGGGCUUGACGGCUGCGUUCGGGGCGUCGAGUACCUCUACACCGGAAAGAGCGUCGGCAAGGUAGUUGUGAAGUUGGACGAGUACGCAUAGACUUUAAAACGUAUUAUAUCAAAAAGACUGUCACUUCACAAGUUCUAGUAAUGCAACGCUGGACCCAGGCAUGUUUUUGUGUUGGUAAAGAUUAUAUUGUGUGAAAUAAAGAGAAAUGUGGGAAUUAGUCAUAAAAUAUUA